CUCCAGUUUUGCAUUGUUGUGUGUGUUUUUUUCAAGCCUCCGUAGCCUUUGGCUCGGCGUGGUUCAACAACUCAUGGUUGUGCGUUGGUCGGCUUGUCUUGCGUAUCAGAGUUUGAAGGAGGCGUCGCUAGCGGUCGUUUUGCUACAUUUGACAUCCGAAAUACAGCCCCUGAGUCAGCGGUUGUUCUCGUUCGAUUGUGUGUGGCUUAACUGAUGAAGUUGACGUUGUUUGUUUUCGUCGCAGCUUGUAUUCGGUUUUGCGCACGGAUUCCCACGCUCUUUGUAAGGCCAGCAGGCCCAUGCCCAGCCAGCCUUCGACUAAGAAGUCCAUUCUGCCUGCGAUCGCUAGCACUGAGUCGGCAUGCCAGUACUACCCAGACGCCUUGGGUGCCGCAGGAGUCGGAGCGGAUGAAGUGGCUUAGUCCAUAUGUGCUCGCAGUAGAGCUUGGUGGCUCGGAGCUAGCCAGUCGUCUUGGACGACUUUGCCUCUCGUUGGAAGAGCACAGCCAAGGCCGAUCAAUGAGCAAUAUUGGCGGUUUUCAAAGCGAGAACUUUGCCUCGCAUGUGGACCCGGCGCUUUCAGAGCUCAUGUGUCUGUUGCACGAACCGCUUGCAGCCUUCCUUUGGAGAAGGCGGCAGGGAAUUCCACCAGGUGGCCUCAGCUCGGAGGGCCUUUGGAUUUCGAGCAGGCCGGAGCACAUCUGGGCCAACAUAAACAGACCUGGUCAUCACAACAGGGCGCAUGAGCAUGGCCCGCCGCUGCUAUCUCGCGCAGCAUCGGGUAUAUUUUAUCCAUCGAUCGAGGAUGCCACUGUGGAAUCGGGCGCAAGUGCACAGAGCCGGCUGUCUCCCCCGGCGCCUGUCAGAUUCUACGAUGGGCGUUUCACAGAGGUUAUCCCUCGGGCAGGCCUCUUGUUGGUAUUCCCAACCGACCUCCUGCAUGAGGUUGACCCUGUGUGGCCUGGCGGCAGCCCGCGAGCCUCCAUUGCGUUCAACCUGUUUGUGCGAUGGCUUGACUUGCCAAUCCUCCGUGCAGCAGUGGCUGGAGAUUCUGCCGAGAUCAAGAGGCUGGUUGCAGAGGGUGCGGACGUGGACGCAACUGACGGCGUGCUGAACUUCGGCGCCGUGCACCUGGCUGCAGAGGCAGGGCAUCUUCCUGCGCUGCAGACCCUUCUCGCUCUGGAAGCUGAUGCCUCCAUCGUCUCGCUCGAAGGUUGGUCUCCCUUGGGUCUGGCUUCGGCACAGGGCCACUUGCACAUUGUAAAGUACCUCGCCAGCCAGCUGCCAGCCAUUUCACCAGAUAGGAUCACAUUUACACGGGAGGCCGCCGAUGCCGCGCGCUUGGCCCCAGAGUUGGACCUCACUCGGGGCUUUGCAGGCUUGGACGGUGCCUUGGCGGUGGCCGCUGAGAGAGGACACGAGUCCAUUGUUGAGUUUCUCAGCAGCCUUGCCGACGAUUAAGACGACAUGUACACUGUAGAAAAUUACCCUCAACAGCGAUUUGUCAGUGUCUAUCCCAUGACCUUUGGCCCAUCCCGCCACCGUGCACGGGUUGUAGGUCAGAGUUCUCAGGGAUGGUUCUUGGGCAUUUUUCACUUGUUUCGAGCUUGACACCAAGGGCUGCAGC